GCGUAUUCUUGUUGAUAAUCAUCUUCCUCUGGGGGGAAAACAACGCCCGCCAAAACACUCCAUCACCUUACCCAAGGAAAAUAUGUCACACAAAACCCUUGAUCAUAUCACAGUUUCUGAUAUUGAAUCUCAGGACAUACCUUCUGAAAUUGCAGUAAAAAUUCACCAAAAACUUACCCAAAUCAUCCACGAUUAUGGAUCUUCAUCCCCACAAACAUGGCAGAAAAUCACAGAACAAAUUCUCAAUCCUCAACUUCCCUUUUCAUUUCAUCAGAUGAUGUAUUAUGGCUGCUUCAAAAAUUACGGUUCUGACCCUCCUGCUUGGUUGCCCACCAUGGAAGGUGCAAGGCUAACUAACAUUGGUCAGCUUCUGGAAAGACGAGGAAAAGAAUUUGUAGGUCCAACAUAUGAGGAUCCUUUGUCAAGCUUUUCUGAUUUCCAGGAGUUUUCUGUUUCAAAUCCUGAGGUUUACUGGAAAUGUAUUCUGGAAGAGAUGGGUGUAUCAUUUACCAGACCUCCUAACUGUAUUUUGUAUGAGAACUCAUCAUACCCAGGAGGCCAAUGGCUUCCAGGAUGUUCCCUAAACGCAGCAGAAAUUUGCUUGAGUUUAAAUGCUAAUAGAAAUUUAGAUAGUAUUGCUGUUUUGUGGCGUGAUGAAGGAGAGGAUAAUAUGCCUGUUAAGAAAAUGACCCUUCAGGAGUUGCGCAGAGAGGUGUGGUCUGUUGCACAUGCACUUGAAGCACUAGGUUUUCCGCGGGGAUCAGCAAUAGCUAUAGAUAUGCCAAUGAAUGUUGAUUCUGUGAUCAUAUAUCUUGCUAUCGUUCUUACAGGCAAUGUUGUUGUGUCCAUUGCUGAUAGUUUUGCACCAAGUGAAAUAGCAACAAGGUUAAACAUAGCAAAUGCAAAAGCCAUAUUUACACAGGAAGUUAUCUUCCGUGGCGGCAAAAGUAUACCCCUCUACAGGAGAGUUAUUGAUGCUCAAUCUCCCAUGGCCAUAGUUAUUCCUACAAGAGAAUCCCAUCUUACGAUAAACUUACGUAGUGGUGAUAUUUCCUGGUAUAAUUUUCGAGGAGGUGUAGAGAAGGCAGAAGAAUAUAUAGCUGUGCAUCAACCAGUGGAAUCAUUCACAAACAUUCUUUUCUCGUCUGGAACAACAGGGAAACCAAAGGCUAUCCCUUGGACCCACGCAACUCCUCUCAAGGCUGCUGCAGAUGCGUGGUGUCAUAUGGAUAUUCGUAAAGGUGAUGUUGUUGCUUGGCCCACUAAUCUUGGUUGGAUGAUGGGUCCUUGGCUAGUUUAUGCGUCCCUGAUAAAUAAUGCGUCCAUUGCUUUGUACAACGGAUCUCCCCUCAGUUCUGGAUUUUCCAAGUUUGUACAGGAUGCUAAUGUAACAAUGCUUGGAGUAGUUCCGAGUAUUGUCCGGGCUUGGAAAAGUACAAAUUGCACUGCUGGAUAUGAUUGGUCAUUCAUCCGUUGCUUUGGCUCUACUGGGGAGGCAUCAAGUGUAGAUGAAUAUCUGUGGCUUAUGGGGAGAGCAUCUUACAAGCCCGUGAUUGAGAUUUGUGGUGGUACAGAGAUUGGGGGUGGGUUUAUAACUGGGUCUUUAUUGCAGCCUCAAGUUUUAGCUGCUUUUAGCACACCAGCUAUGGGCUGCAGCCUCUUUUUACUUGACAACAAUGGAACUCCUAUUCCACAAAACAUGCCAGGCUUUGGAGAAUUGGCCCUUGGCCCUUUAAUGUUUGGAGCUUCACAUACACUCCUUAAUGGUGAUCAUUACAAAGUCUACUUCGAAGGAAUGCCAACAUGGAAAGGAAAGGUUCUGCGGAGGCAUGGAGAUGUAUUUGAGCGUACUACUACUGGGUAUUAUCGUGCUCAUGGUCGUGCUGACGAUACUAUGAAUCUAGGUGGUAUCAAGGUAAGCUCCGUUGAGAUUGAGCGCAUCUGUAAUGGAGUCGACAACAGCAUCCUUGAGACAGCUGCCAUUGGUGUCCCACCUUUGGGAGGAGGACCAGAGCAGCUGGUAAUUGCAGUUGUUUUCAAAGAUGCGAGUGAAUCCAUCUCGGACUUGAACCAGUUGAAGAUGUCUUUCAAUUCUGCGCUCCAGAAACAGCUAAAUCCUUUGUUUAGGGUCUCUCAGGUCGUGUCUUUCCCGUCUCUUCCAAGGACAGCGACCAAUAAGGUUAUGAGGAGGGUCCUCCGGCAGCAAUUUACACAACCUGCUGGAGCUUCCAAGUUAUGAAUCAUAAGCAAUACUUAAAUGGUUCUUGUAAUUUUAAGCUACUGUUUUGAAAUUUUUUGUCAUUGCUAAAAUUGUUUUGGUUAUGCCUCUGUGGUGUUGAGGACAGAAACAAGGGACGUAUCAUAAAGUAUGGUAUCGUGUUGAACACCAAA